UUUGGAGUGCAGAAGAAGCGGUUGCACACAGGGGGCGUCCAUCAUGCUUACGCUGCUCCACAGUUGUGGUAGAGGUCUGUUGAGCGCCAGAACACACCAGAACUUAAGGAAAAGUUAUUACUCCGCACAGAUGGCGAAGCGUGUGGCCGUGGUGCUGGCGGGCUGCGGGGUUUAUGACGGCAGCGAGAUCCACGAGGCCUCCGCCGUGCUGGUGCAUCUGAGCAGAGGAGGCGCGACAGUGCAGAUGUUUGCUCCCAACAUCGAGCAGAUGCAUGUCGUCAACCACCUGAAAGGUGAACCCGCCGAGGAGAAGCGAAACGUGCUCGUGGAGAGUGCACGGCUCGCCCGCGGAAACAUCCAGGAUCUGUCUAAACUGAGCGUCAAAGACCACGAUGCUGUAAUUUUUCCAGGUGGUUUCGGAGCAGCAAAGAACCUCUGCACGUGGGCGGUGCAGGGGAAGGACUGCUCCGUGAACGACGAGGUGAAGGCGGCUCUGCAGGCGUUCCACGGCGAGGGCAAACCCAUCGGCCUCUGCUGCAUCUCACCCGUCCUGGCUGCCAAGGUGUUUCCGGGGUGUGAGGUCACUGUUGGCGUGGAAAAGGAUGAGAGGUAUCCGGAUACCAGUGACACUGCAGCAGCCAUCAACCAGCUGGGCUGCAAACACGUCAGCAAGAGCGUGACUGAGAGCCACGUGGACGGCAAGAACAAGCUGGUCACCACUUGCGCCUUCAUGUGCAACGCCCCCAUCCACGAGAUCUUUGACGGAAUCGGGUCGAUGGUUCAGGGCGUCCUGAAACUCGCCUGAUUUACUUUCGGUUUAGAAGACUGUAGAAAUGGAGGGAUGUUGUGAAAUGAUGUGACAAAUAGAAGCUUUGUGUUUUUCUUUAUAUGCAGAUUUAAAUGUGAACCAGAUUUCAUUAAAAUAACACCAAAACAGAUAAAUGUUUUUCCUUAGCUGAGUUUAUUGCACAUAAAAUAAACAAGUACACUAAAAAUGUGGAUCCCUUC